AUGAGAGGCAAACCUGAGGAGGAGGAGGAGAAGAAGGAGGGCAAGAGGAAAGGUGUCAGGGAGGCCUCGGGAGACGCAGAGGAGCGAGGCAGCAAGAGGAAGAAGGAGGGGACACAGAGAAGAGGAGAGGUACCCAAACGUCAUCACUGUCAACACUGUGACAAAUCUUUCACAACAUCUGGAACUUUAAAGCUUCAUCAGAGAGUUCACACUGGAGAGAAGCCAUACAGCUGUGAUCUAUGUGGUAAAACAUUUUCUCAGAUUAGUCACCUUAAAGCUCAUCAGCGUGUUCAUACCGGAGAGAAACCGUACCGGUGUGAACAAUGUGGAAAAACCUUUACUAAUGGUAGUACCUUUAAAAUUCACCAGCGCAGACACACUGGAGAGAAGCCGUACAGCUGUGAACGCUGUGGGAAAACAUUUUCUCAGCUUAGUGGCCUUAAAUCUCACCAGCCUGUUCACACCGGAGAGAAGCCGUACUGGUGUGAACACUGUGGGAAAAAGUUUUCUACGAGUAAAGCCCUUAAAAAACAUAAUCUCAUUCACACUGGAGAGAAGCCGCACUGGUGUGAACACUGUGGGACAAUGUGUUCUACAAGUAGUGCCCUUAAAUCACAUCAUCGCGUUCACACUGGAGAGAAGCCGUACAGCUGUGAUCUAUGUGGUAAAACAUUUUCUGAGAGCGGUAGUCUUAAAAUACACCGACGUGUUCACACUGGAGAGAAGCCGUACACGUGUGAACAAUGUGGUAAAAUGUUUUCUGUGAUUGGUAGCCUUAAAUCUCACCAGCGUAUUCACACUGGAGAGAAGCCGUACUCGUGUGAACAAUGUGGGGAAAGGUUUUCUCGGAGUACUCACCUUAAAUCUCACCAACGUGUUCACAGCAGAGAAAAGCUGUUCUCAUGUGAACAUUGUGGGAAAUUUUUUUCUCAGAGUUGUAACCUUAAACGACACCUCCGCGGAUACACUGGAGAGAAGCCAUACAGCUGUGAUAUAUGUGGUAGAGCAUUUUCUGACAGCGGUAGCUUUAAAUAUCAUCAACGUGUUCACACUGGAGAAAAGCCGUACUUGUGUGAACUUUGUGGGAAAACGUUUUUUCAGAGUGGUAGCCUUAAAAAUCAUCAACGCAAUCACACUGGAGAGAAGCCAUACUCGUGUGACCAAUGUGGGAAAAUGUUUUCUCAGAGUUUUAACCUUAAACUACACCAGCGCAGACACACUGGAGAGAAGCCAUACAGCUGUGAUAUAUGUGGUAGAGCAUUUUCUGUCAGCGGUAGCUUAAAAUCUCACCAACGUGUUCACAGCAGAGAAAAGCCGUACUCGUGUGAGGAGUGUGGGAAAACAUUUUCUCAGAGAAGUCACCUUAAACGACACCAGCGCACUCACACUGGAGAGAAGCCGACGUGGUCUGAACAAGUGCAUUAGCUUUAAAUAAGCAAAACUACAAAGAGACACAUGAAUGUGCAGCUUCAAGAAAAACAAUAACUACAGUGGGGUUUGAAAGUUUGGGCAGCCCAGGUAAAAAUUUAUAUUAAUUUGUAUAAAGAAGCCAAGAAAAGAUGGAAAAAUCUCUAAAAGGCAUCAAAUGACAGAUUAGACAUUUCUAUAAAAUGUCACAAAAAGUUAGAUUUUAUUUCUAUCAUUUACACUUACAAAAUAACAGAAAAUAAAAGAAUGAUGUCUGCUAAAGUUUGGGCUUUUUGGGCUCCCUGCAGAGUUAAUACCGUGAUUUUGAGUUGUGUUUAUGAUCAUUAUACAUUUGUAGAAGCCAUCCUCUCUUUAACUUCAACUUUUUCACAAAUAGCAUCAAGUUAGCUUCCAAAAUUUGCUAAAUUGUAUUGAAUCCAUUUUUCCUUCUACUCGUGAAAUGUUCCCUGUGCCAUGAAAACAGCUGAUUUACUCAGGGGGAGGUUUGCGAGCUUUUGGCUAAUUAUGGGAUUUCUAACCCAUGUGUAAUCAUUUGUUUAAUUCAUUUGAUCUGUCUUCU